AUGUCAGAUUCUAUAAGAGACAGUUAUCGUAACUUUUAUAUCGACCUCGAAGCAGAAUUAAGUUUAUUUCCAUUCAAACAAAAUCUCGAAAAUUAUAUACAAACUGACUAUAAAAUCCAUUUUACUAAAGACAAAACUAUGUGUGACGCAUGCAAUUUCAACUCGUCUAAUAAUCUAGCCAAUAGUAAUAUUCAUGAUGUUGUUAUUUCCUACACAACAAGCAGACCAUAUAACAUGGUUAUAUUUAUUAGAACAUUACGCCAAACUGGCACGAAUUGCAGCGUUAUAUUUUUUGUUACCGACGAAUUUUUAUCAAAUGUUAGUAACGACACCAAAAACUACGUUCUCAAGUGUGGUGGUCAAUUCAUAAACUAUCAUAAACCAACAUACACGGGAUAUGAAGACCAUUGGUCUGAUCCUUAUAUUCAGAUUCAUAAUUUCAUCGGAUUAAAUCUUCACAAACUAAAUAGAAUUAUUAUCUGCGACUUAUAUGAUACAGUUUUCCAAGGUGAUCCAUUCAACGCCUACUUUCCGAAAAAUCAAUUACAUUUAGCCGACGAAGGACGCGUUUUCGAUGGUAGAAAUCGCGGUUGGAUCUCUAGUUGCGCUCCUUUAUCAAAUAAAAAGCUCAAUUCAUUAAAUACCAUCUGCGCAGGCUAUUUUGGAGGCGAUGCAGAUGUAAUGAAGAGUUUUUUCAGAGCAUACUUAGGUAAUUUCCAGUUUGGAAAGGGUUUAGUUGAUCAAGGAUGCAUAAACGGAUGGGCCUAUGGCGGUUUAUUUAAGAAAUUCGGAAUUUCCGUGAAUAUUUCGAAUGAUAACGUCAGACAUUUAGCAAUGAUGGGUAUCAAAAACGGCGAGAACCUUGGAAAUGCUACAGGCAUUAAUAGAAAUGAUCUUACAGUUGCAAUUAUUCAUCAAGUUCAUUGGAAUCCAUUCUUGUUUAAUCAGAUGGAAAAGUUCUGUCCAAAACCUCCAGGUGAUUUCAGAGACUACUUAGGAAGAUGUAAUGGAUGCUUUGGUUUCUAA